AAAAGAAAAAUCCAACUGGAUGAUGAAUUUACCGUAUUUCUAAAAAAAAAAUCCAACUGGAUGAUGAAUUUACCGUAAUUGUAUUUUUAGUUUGACACGCAGGUGAAACGUAAGUGACAGCCCGCCUGCACUAUAGUUGUCUCGAGUACUAACCGUGUCCACACACUCCUACUGAACAAUCCAACGGUUCAGAUUGAGCAGAAUAUCCCCACUUCAAAAUCCUCCAGCUCACAUUGAAACAUGUCGACGCCUACAACACAACACAUUAUAUAACUAAUGUAAGUACAGUUUGGUGGGAUUUGAUAAAAAUAUCAAGAAAAUAAUCCUUAGCCACAAGUUUUUAGCAGAGAGUAUUAACGGCUACUCUGCCCACCGCCACACAUCACCGCUGCCUCACCAUAUUACAGCUUUUGAUACGCCGAAUCCAAAUUCUUAUCUAAAUCCUUCCGAUCACUGGAUACAUAGGGCAUAGAGAGAUAAAGAGAAGAUGAAGAUCAUGUGCGAUGUGUGUGAGAAGGCUCCAGCAACAGUUAUCUGCUGCGCGGAUGAGGCUGCGCUGUGCGCCACGUGCGAUGUUGAAGUUCAUGCAGCCAACAAGCUCGCGAGCAAGCACCAGAGAUUGCUCCUCAACUGCCUCACGAACAAGCUCCCGCCUUGUGAUAUUUGCCAGGAAAGAACGGCUUUCAUAUUCUGUGUUGAGGACAGAGCUCUCUUUUGCAAGGACUGUGAUGGGCCAAUUCAUUCAGCUAAUAGCCGUGCUGCUAAGCACCAGCGACUUUUAGCCACUGGAAUAAAAGUUGCUUUGGGCAAUAAUUGCAAUUCGGAUGAGGUUAACAGCAGCAACGUGAAUCCCGAGCCACCUAAGUCAAAUUUGCAGCAGAAUUUUGGAUUGAAAAAUGCCUCACACCAUGUUUCUAGUGGCAUCAUGUCACCUUCUUGGGCUGUUGAUGAUUUGCUCCAAUUAUCUGAUUAUGAAUCUUCGGACAAGAAGGGGCAGCUCGAGUUUAAUGAGUUGGAGUGGUUGAACGAGAUGAAUCUCUUUGGCGAACAAAUUUCAGGGGAGGCUUUAGCUGCAGCAGAAGUACCUCAACUGCCGUUUACUCAAGCCAACAGCCAUAACAUGCCUUCACACAAACCACACAAAUUAUAUCCGGCUCACAAAAAGCCGAGGCUCGAAAUCCGGGAGGAAGAUGAUGAAGAGUUCUUCACAGUUCCUGAUCUUGGCUGAAAUCGUCACCAUCUUAUGUAUGAGAGAGAGACAGCUUUUGGCACUUGAAAACUAUAAUGACAUUUUCAUUUUGCACUUGUGAAUAUAGAUGUUUGUACUUUGUAGGAGGUAGUUGUUUGUACCAGGUGAAUGAUUAUGUAAUGUCUGCACUUUGCAGUCAGUUUUUUUAUCUUUUGUUUCCUGUUAUUUUGGUUCGUUCAAAUUUUAUGAAUACAUUUGGCUUCAAUGGGUAUGAAUGUUUCUUAUGAGAAUGUAAAAAGUAAAAUGAAAAAAAAUAAUUCUGGAAUCAUCUAACAUAAAUAAAUAGAAGAACUGAUGCAUUUAUAAUGUAUAUUAGGUUAUGGACUCAUUUAUUAUAAAAUUUUAUUGGGGUUGUAGCAUUAUGUAUGAUGUAAAAAGUUAGACAAUAAAAAUAUUAAAGAAGUUAUUAGACACAUAGAUAUUGCAAAUUUGUACAAUAUGUGAAAUAUAUUAUGAUAAUCAUUGCAACAAUUAAGAUGGUCAAUGAUUUGUAAAUAAUAGAAUAUAUAGUUCAUCUAUCUUCCAAAUAAAU